GAUUGCCCCAGACGGGCGCAGCUGUGAGCGCUCGGAGCCCCGCACGCCGGCCGGGGUCCCGCGGAGCUGAGAGCAGGUACAGGCACUUCCUGCAGGCAGAAUUGAAGAGAGAAAGGGAGGUUGCCUCUGCUCUCCUUCAAAAACCAAUCAGGCCGGAUCAGCCAGGCGUUGAUUCUCCCUCCGUCCCUCCUACACCUUUUCCAGAGGCCCAAUGGCCUUGUCCCUUUGGGAGACUGACUAGAGUCACAUGAGCUGCACCAAGGGCAGGUAACUCAGGAGAGGGGAAGAGGGGGGAAAAAAAAAAAGAAGAAGAGAGAGAGGAAAAAAAAAAAGCUCAAGCCCAGACUGAGCUUCUGCCAUGAUGUCAGAGGGAAAGAAACACACAGCUUGCUAAUUUCAAGUCCCAAUCGGCCCCGGGAAGGAGAUCACCGGGAACAGGUAGAGAUGGGAGCUUUCUUUCUCCAUGUUGGUUUUUUGAUUGUUUGUUUUUUUUUUUUUUUCUCAAACACCCAACCUCCUAAACAGCUCUUUCUCUUCUCUUUAUACUGUGACUCCUCGUUCGCUCCCUUUCCCUUUGAUUACUUGGAGGUAGGGGGUGAGCCUCGUGGGAUUUUUUGGUUUUAUUUUUUUUUUUCUUGUUUGUUACUGUGUCUUUCUUUUUGCAUUUUUUCCUCUCUCUCUCUUUUUUGACCUCUGCUUUUGAUUGUAGUUGUUUCCCCCUGUGGUCAUGACGGCUUCGCACAGUGACUCUUUGGUGGUGUUGUUUGGGGCAACAGCUGGUGCAUAUGGGGCUAAACUGGGUUCGGAUGAGAGGGAACUAAUUCUCUUGGUGUGGCAAGUUGUGGAUCUACACAGCAAGAAGGUAGGGACACUACACAAAUCCCUGGUGAAAGCAGACAACUUGGACUUAAGUGACCAGUGUCGCGAAGUCAGUGGCUUAACACCAGAGGGACUGGGCAAAGCUGAACCACUGGACCGGGUUCUUCAGCAGUUUAGUCAGCUGGUAUCCAGUGAUUUGAAAGUACUUGGAAGGAGCUCUUACACACUCUGCAGUGAUGGCCAGUUACUCAUUCGACAAGUUCUCCACCCAGAAACAUCCAAGAAGAACUUCCAGUUGUCAGACUGCUUCUAUUCCUUUUAUGAUCUGCGCAAAGAAUUCCACACUUGCUACCCUAGUUCAGCCGCCGUGAAAGAUCAGACUAUCAAGACCAUGGCAGAAUAUCUAGGCUUAGGGACAGAUGAAGCAGAGGAGGACUUCGGUGUGUGGCAAGUGAAGACCAUGGUGGCUAUCAUUUUCAGCAUGCUCUCAGAAGGUUGUAAUCAUGUAUUUACUGAACCUGAAACUGUGAAAUACAAGUAUGAAACAGGUCCUUGUAGUAAAUCUGAAACUGUGGACAGUGAGACAGUAAUACGUGCCAGAGGCUUGCCAUGGCAGUCUUCAGACCAGGAUAUUGCUCGAUUUUUCAAAGGACUCAACAUUGCCAAAGGUGGUGUGGCUCUUUGUCUGAAUUCUCAAGGAAGAAGAAAUGGGGAGGCUUUGGUUCGGUUUGUCAAUUCUGAACAGAGAGACCUUGCCCUGGAAAGGCACAAGCAUCACAUGGGUAGCAGAUACAUUGAGGUUUACAAAGCAACUGGGGAAGAAUUCUUAAAAAUUGCAGGAGGCACCUCCAAUGAAGUUGCCCAGUUCUUAUCCAAGGAGAAUCAAGUUAUCAUCCGGAUGAGAGGCCUUCCGUUCACUGCUACUCAGGAAGAUGUCUUGGGGUUCCUGGGGCCGGAGUGCCCAGUCACAGGAGGGAAAGAGGGACUGCUCUUUGUCAAGUACCCAGAUGGCAGGCCCACAGGAGAUGCAUUUGUGUUAUUUUCCUGUGAAGAAUAUGCACAGAACGCACUUAAAAAGCACAAAGAAAUACUUGGAAAACGUUACAUUGAACUCUUCAGGAGCACAGCAGCAGAGGUCCAACAGGUACUUAAUCGAUACAUGUCAACACCUCUUAUCCCAACUCUUCCAACUCCCAUCAUUCCAGUCAUCCCCCCACCAUACACCAUUGCCACGGGCAGCAUCCGUGACUGCGUCCGGCUCAGAGGUCUUCCUUACACUGCUGGCAUUGAUGACAUCUUGGAAUUUAUGGGAGAUGCCACAGGGGAUAUCAAGCCCCAUGGAGUUCACAUGGUCCUUAAUCAGCAGGGCCGACCGUCAGGUGAUGCUUUUAUCCAAAUGAAAUCCGCUGACAAAGCCUUUAUGGUGGCUCAAAAAUGUCACAAAAAAAUGAUGAAGGAUCGUUAUGUGGAAGUAUUCCAGUGUUCUGGAGAGGAGAUGAACUUUGUUUUAAUGGGUGGCACUUUAAAUCGUAGUGGCUUAUCCCCACCGCCAUGUAAGUUACCAUGUCUUUCUCCACCAGCUUAUGCUGCUUUCCAAACAGCAGCUGUGAUCCCUGCCGAGGCAGCAGCCCUUUACCAGCCACAAGCCCUCCUGCCAGCCACCAGGACGCCCCAGGCCUCCGCAGCCGCUCCUCCAGCUGUUACCUACUACCCAGCCCAGGCUGCUCAGCUUUACAUGAACUACACAGCUUACUAUCCCAGUCCUCCAGUAUCUCCUACCACGGUGGGAUACAUUGCAGCUCCUCCAGGAGCUGUGGCAGCUGCUGCCACUGCCACCCACACUCCGAUCCUGCCCCAGCCUGGAGCCUUAGUCCGGAUGCAGGGCUUGCCAUAUAACACAGGAAUGAAGGAGAUACUCAGUUUCUUCCAGGGGUACCAGCUCCAAGCAGAUUCCAUCCUCAUGCUUUACAACUUUAGUGGCCAGCCCAGUGGUGAGGCUUUGGUGACUUUUCCAAGCCUGGAUCUAGCUAAGAAAGCAGUGGCUGAGAGAAACGGGCAGCUCCUGGGAAGCCACUGUGUACAAUUGUACCUGGUCUAG